UUCGAGUCACGUGACCGCUAUAGAGCAAGCGUAUGUGUAGUAAGCCAACUGACAGCGAUGUAAACAUGCACUGCUUACCGCAGUAUAUCAUGGAUUUGCUGCUGUGAAGCCAAGACCUGCUGGAGAGUCGGCCAGCAUGGCUUCAUCUUCCAGCUUUGCCCCUCCGAAACUUGAUGACUUUAUCCUGACAGAGCGGCUUGGCAGUGGCACCUAUGCCACCGUCUACAAGGCCUACCGAAAGCAGGGGGACACUCGAGAGGCAGUGGCGGUGAAGGUGGUUGCAAAGAAGACGCUUAACAAGGCGUCUACGGAGAACCUGCUCACUGAAAUUGAGAUCCUCAAGACUGUGCGUCACCCCCACAUUGUCCAGCUAAAAGACUUUGUGUGGGAUUCCGAAAACAUCUAUUUGAUCCUGGAAUGGUGUUCUGGUGGAGAUCUGUCCCGUUUCAUCCGCAGUCGUCGGAUCUUACCGGAAAGAGUCGCCCGGCGUUUCCUGCAGCAGAUGGCCUGUGCGCUCCAGUUUCUACACGAGCGAAACAUCUCCCACUUGGACUUGAAACCGCAGAACAUCUUGCUCUGCGGCUCAGUCCUCAAACUGGCAGACUUUGGCUUCGCCCAGUAUAUGUCACCGUGGGAUGAGAAGAGCGUGCUGAGGGGCUCUCCUCUCUACAUGGCCCCUGAGAUGGUGUGUCGGCGACAGUACGAUUCCAGGGUGGAUCUCUGGUCGGUGGGAGUCAUUCUUUAUGAGGCACUGUUUGGACGGGCUCCCUUUGCUUCAAGGUCGUACACUGAAUUGGAGGAGAAGAUUCGGAGUAACCAACCCAUUGAUUUACCACCCGGGGCCAGGGUUUCCAAGCAAUGCCGAGACCUCCUCCUGCGGCUCCUGGAAAGAAAUCCAGACACCCGGAUCACCUUUGCGGAGUUUUUCACACACCCCUUUGUGGACCUGGAGCACAUGCCGAGUGCUGAGAGCUUAGGGAAGGCGAAAGAGUUGGUCUUGCAGGCAGUUCAGAAGGACCAGGAGGGCGAGUGGUCCGCCGCGCUCUCUUUGUACUGCAGUGCCCUGGAGCACUUUGUCCCUGCUAUUUACUAUGAGACUGACAGGCAGCGGAAAGAAGUCCUCAGGAAGAAGGUCAGCCAGUACGCGUCCAGAGCGGAGGAGCUGAAAGUCCUGGUGGCCUCGGACAACAAACUCAUCUUUGAGGAGGCCCGCACCUCCAGGGACGUCCUCCGAGAAAUGUCCCGUGACCAACCACGCCUGCUGGCUGCGCUGGAGAUGUCCUCAGAAGCCAUUGCUAAGGAGCAGAGUGGACUGGAUGACAGCGAGGCCUUGGAUGAAUACCAGCAGUGCUUAGGAGAACUUCUGCUGGCGCUAGCAGCCGAGCCCCAGGGCCGCCGCCGAGAGCUGCUCCACAGCGAGAUCAAAAGUCUAAUGAGCAGAGCUGAGUACCUCAAAAAGAACAUCAAGAUGCAGGAAACUCAAAAGGAAGCCUCGCUGGAUCGUGAGCCUCUUGCAGAUUCCGUAAGAAGCUCCUGCUGUGUGCAGUAAAACUGAAAAGGCCACCGCGGGAACCAGCUGGCUUGGACCAUCGGACCAUUUUUUCUGAGCGUGGAGCCAAGCCCUCUCGCCCAAUAAGGCUCUGUGCUCAGGGCCAAAUCAAACCUGCAUCCCACCUCACCUCCCACACUCUGGCUGGGUGGGGAAGUGCUGCCAAAAGUGCUAAAUGAUGUUUUUGGUUGGUGCUGGAAGGGAUAGAGCAGGUGGAGAGAGCGCUGCAACAAAUUCCUAGUACCUUUUUUUUUUUUUUUUUUUUUUGCAUUCGUUGAGCUUACAAACUGUGUAGACCUCAGCGGUGAACUGUUUACAACCUUUAAGUUGUAACCUUUAAGACACUCAUGAAGUGAUGUCAGCCAGUUGGUAUUGUGGCAGCUGCUCUACCUAACAUUUAGCAUCAUUGUAAUGUAAACAUUAGCUACUGUGCUCCAUCAAUGCAUCUCUCUGGUCAACAAGCCAAAGUGAUUAACUUGUAUUUAGUUUCAAAGUAUUGGCAGCAAACUGUGAAAAUGUGCGCUGGAUAAAAGGGAAAAUGAGACCUUUCGAUGGUGAUUACUUUAGUAUUGAGCCAAUUGUACUGCAGCGUCAUACAGUGGAACCUUUUGUGUUUUUUUCCCCCAAAGAAAAUAAUGGAAAUUUGAUUUAUCUGCGCCAAAGUCAAACUAUGGCCUCAUAAAACCUCUAUUUAAGCAAUCAGUUAAAAUGUAAAAAGAAGUUACCCCCUCUACAUAUACUGUAUAUAUACUGUAGCAACACUUGGUGACGGAUGCGUACCAUAUCGGGAUUGUUGAAGGCAGUCGCUUUUUUGACAUUCUUACCUGCCAUACAAGUGUAAAAAGAAGUUAACCCCCCAUAUUAUAUUGCGUUGUCCCGCAAUUUGCCAUAGCAAUGCGUGUCAUAUGUUUAUUUAUGGCACGCCUGACAAACGUGAAGACUAGUUUGCGGACUGUUUGUGUUCUGCUUACGCAUGGAUUACUCACUUGGCGUGCAAUUUGUGACCGAAAAUGCAUAUAUGACUUCGGGUGAAUAUGUACUGUAGUUUACGCAUAUUCACACCUGUUUACCACAAGUUGACUCAUUGGCGCACAAAAUUGCGUACCACUGCGGGGCCGAAAUGUGUGCAAGUGUAAACGAGGCGUAAAACGUAAAAACAAUAAGUGGCGUGCUCACCCAUCACACUUGGUGGCGAAUGUGUAGCGUCUCGUUUGUCUUGUUGAAGGCAGUCGCUUACCUGUCAUAAUAGUGUCAAAAGAGAAGUUGAUCCCUCUGUGUUAUAACGUAAAAACAAAUUCCGUGUAAAAAAUAAGUGAAUAUGUGAACCACUGCUAUAGUGAGACAUACAAACACUAAGUUGUGUACUCACCCUGAACACCUGAUGAUGGCGGCGUAUCGGGAUUGUUGAAGGCAGUCACAUGCCUGUCAUACAAGUGUAAAAAGAAGCACAUGAAAUCUUAAAAAAAAGGAAUAAAAAGUGCACUUACUCAUAAGUUUGACGACUAAUAUGCAGAGGGAGAUGACUGCUUGUGCCUGGGAGGUUAGACUCAUCACGUAAACACUAAACGUAGUGGUGUGCAUUCCAGUCUUGUUGUUUCUGCUUUAUUAUUGCAGCUGGCUUUAGACCUGUCAUGUGGUUAUCACACUUUUCCUCUUUGCCGUCACUGGUCGCCCUUGUGGUAAAAUAGCCAAAGAAAAAGCAAAACACAAUCCUUCAGAAGCUGACUGAGCUGAAGUCUUGCGUGGUGUCAUACUAGAGGGGGUGUUGGACCCGAGAGGUUCCGCUGUAGUUGGUGCUUAAGCACGCCUUGGCUGUGGUUGAGGCUCACCAUGUCCUCUUCACUGAUGGACGCCAUUUCCACCGCCAUGAGAGGCGCGGCCGGGUCCUUGUUUACUCUAGAGCUGCAGGUCUUGGCAUGGAGUUGCGAUGCCGCCACACACUGGAGAGGUUUUUAGGCUGAUCACGCUCACCGUGGGAGGUCUGGCUUGCGCUGUAAUGACUUCAAACCCGCGCUGUAGUAUUCCAGAAGUGCUUUAAUUUGGACUGCUGAAUCAGGAGUCAAAAGGAUUAACAUACACGGUCAAUAUGUCUGUGGACAGGACCUGCACUCUGCUGUGUUGUUUCAUUUUGUCUUUUAACUGUUGACACAGCUGUAACUGUAUAAUCCAGCACGUAUUUAUUAAAAGAGAUUGAUGGAUCUUUAUCCAGAAGUUGUGCAGAGCACAAGUAGCAGUCCCUCCUCAGCAUCAUCACCAUCGUCGUCGUUUGGACGGCUGCUCUGCAGAAGCAGCUGGCUCGCAUCCACGAAGGGGAGGAGACAGACCGGAAGGCCUGGCGAGGGAAAGUAAGGCCAUUUCAUAAUUAUACCAUCUGAACGCAAGACUGGAGCGCCUGUAAUGUGAACAUCCCGACAAGUAUGAGAAUCACACAAAGACUCAUGUUUGUGUUCUCCCUUUGUUUGUCACCCUCAAAUUUCCUUUUGUUGUUUUUACAGUUUUAUAGGAGUUGACACUGUUGUAACCUCCAGUGCGAGGAAACUCAACUGUCCUUUCUGCACACGCAGGACUGAUGACACGUUCAAAGACCGUCGGAAAUCAGAAAACCCCUUAAAGGAAAACGGCACUUUUUUGGGAAUUUUGCCCAUCAGCCACAAUCCGUAUGUGACACAUGAAAACAUAUGUAGUUCUCUUUUCUGUGUGUUGUAAAGAUAUAAAAACAGAUGGAAAAGAUGGAACUAAGAGUGCAUGUACUGGGAAACACAUAUUCCGCCUAUAAAGCCUUCUGAAAAAAACUCAGCGCCAAAAAACAACGCCCCAUUUGCAUAUCAUGUGACAGGCGUAUUAACCAAGCUACAGCGACAUUGUUAUUAUUAACAUUGUUACCCCGAUCAAACUACGUUACUGGCGUACUGACACUUUGCCACUCCAUACCGGCUAGCUACUAGCCCGGGGUGCACAUUAUGUCAAUCGCAAAGGUAGUUUUGGUCGAUAGCAUAAACGUCACUUUGUAGAUGCCAUAUGCCAUCAGUCAGCUGACAUUAAGCUCCCCUCCUGAUUCGCUCUUGCCCCUCCCGCGGCAAUGGUGACCAGAUGUCUCAAACUGCACACAGAGAUGCAACUUUCAUCUUCCGAUAAUGUAUAACUAAUGAGCGGUAAGAUGCCUGUAUGUAGAACAAAGGUUCUAUGUUCACUUGUAGCGGCUCGUUAAGUAGAAAUAAAGUGAAUUGCUUGAUGGCUUUGCGUGCAUGAACUCCACUAUGGAAAUGCGUGUUUUUCUACUCGUCCCUUUCUUAAACUAUUAUUUCAUGAUUUCAUUAUUAUUUCAAGCUUUUUAAUAUAUAAACUUCGGCUGCAUUGCCUUUUGCAUAACCAUUUUCAUUUCUUGUAUAUCGGGAAUGUUUGAUAGCAAAUGCUAACUGUACGUAAUACAUGAAGUAUGCUAUUUUGACUGACAUUACUUACUUACAUUAUGUACUAUGUAACUGUUGAGGAAUUAUGUGUAAUUAUCUUUAUUGCCAUAUUGAAUUGAAUUGUGAAUUAUUUGUGAAUGAUAUAAACUACUUUG